ACAUUAGUGUUACUUGAUUGUGUUCAUAUCCAGGGACUGCUUAACUUACAACUACAAGUGAGCCUGCAAUUUCCUUUGCCAAAGCAAAAACAGUUAUGUGGAAAAUCGACGACAAACCCGUCAAAGUGGACAAGUGGGACGGGUCAGCGGUGAAGAAUUCGCUGGAUGACUCGGCCAAAAAGGUCCUUUUGGAAAAGUACAAAUAUGUAGAGAACUUCUGCCUGAUCGACGGGCGCCUUAUCAUCUGCACCAUCUCCUGCCUCUUCGCCAUCGUGGCUUUAAUAUGGGAUUACCUUCACCCCUUUCCCGAAUCGAAGCCGGUGCUGGCUGUCUGCGUGAUCUCGUAUUUCAUAAUGAUGGGAAUUCUGACCAUCUAUACCUCAUACAAGGAGAAGAGCAUCUUCCUGGUAGCGCACAGGAAAGACCCCACAGGAAUGGACCCCGACGACAUCUGGCAGCUUUCCUCAAGUCUGAAAAGGUUUGACGACAAAUACAGCCUGAAGAUGACGUUCAUCGGCGGCCGCAGCAAGCAGCAGAGAGAGGCGGAAUUCACCCGCUCCAUCGCCAAAUUCUUCGACGGCAACGGGACCCUAGUCAUGGAUACCUUUGAGCCCGAGGUCUCCAAGCUUCACGACAGCCUCCUGACAGAGAAAAAGCUUAAAUAGGCUGCCAGCCAGCUGCCUGCUUAGAUCAUGCGGAGCUUAAAGCCAAUAAAGCAAUCAAGCAAUC